AUGUGCAAUGAUGGCGUUAUACCGGUAUUAGAAGCCAACAAUUUAAGCUCUCUUCUUGAACAAUUCGAGGCCACUGAGAAGCUGAACAUAAAAAGGCCUCAGGCGAAAAUGGAGGAGAAAGUAAAAAAUAAAAACAGCCUGACGAACGGUAUGAGACUGCAGGACGCCGGCGUGCAGUUGAAUAAGAACAAAAUGCGACAAAUUCUGAUGCCGUCGACCAUAAACACUACCUUGAGGUCGCCUAGUCCGGUCCACUCUGACCACGACUACUGCUCGUCGAAAAAGCGACACAGUCUCCCCAAUCUGAAGGGGGGACAGAGUCUGCUCAAACCGGAGGUGUUGUCCAGUAACAACAGGAUACUGAGCUCUCGACAUCGGUCGUGCAAGAACAAAAAGGUCGUUUAUCAUCUUAGCAGUGACGAUGAGAGCGACAAAGGUGACGCUAAAAACAAAAAAGUUAACAAAAGUGACGAUGCUGACUUUACUACGAAAGUGAUAAAGCAACCUGUGAAACCUCCCGCUCAGUCGAACUGUCGCAAAAAACUUUCGCCUCCCCAUAACAGUUUAGUUGAUUGUGUAAACAAAGACAACGGUUCUGUGAUUAUAAAAAGUGCUUGCAAAGCAGGUGAUCUUCCUUGUAGUCAGAAUUCAAACGGUAGCAUUAAGUUAACUAUUAAAAAUAAAUCUGAAGUUAUACUUAACUGUGAUGUUAGAGACUCUCAGAAGGAUAAACAAGUAGAAAAGUGUACUAAAUCUAGUGUUAGUGAUAAUUCAACGAACUGUGUUAAAGUUAAGCACGAAAAAAGUAAAGAUGUAGAUAGGAAUAAACAUAAACAUGUAAAUAAUGUAGAAAAUAACAAUGUGAAAGAGGAGUCCGCCCGUCCAAAAGAAGAACAUUUUUAUACUGCUCUGUUUAGUAACAAGCAAGAUGUUCAAAUACCCCAUACAAUGCAAGUAAAGUCUGAGAAAAGACCAUUUGACGAGGAAUUGAAUAAAAUCGCGGAAGAGGCUAUUAAGAAGGAGAUGGAGCAGCCGUUAAAGAAGAAGAAACUUAAUCUCCAAGAGUACAAGCUAAGGAGAGGAGUCAACUCGAAUAACAGCUCGGCCACAGUUAGUCCGGAAGCCAUAUUCCCAGAUAUACCUAGCCCGUCGAAUCUAGAUAAGACGAAAUCUAUAGUGACACUUACUCCACCGAAUGGUGCUAACUCCACAGAAAAAGCUAUCAACGAAGCUCCAAAGAAAAUUUUCGAUCCAAUCCGAGAAGCUUCUAGAAAGAUUCUAAUGAACACUAAGAAACAGAAAGCAGAGGCUAUGAGGAAACGAGACGAAGAUAUCGUUAUGAGUAAAAUACCUAAAGUGGAGAACUUGGAGUUACAACCAUUGAUAAGCGAUGCUGAAAUGUUGAAAAUAGUAGGUAUGGCACCUGCAGAAGUGCUGCCCAUACCUGUUGUUGAAAAACCACAGCCUAUGACAGAUUAUAUAGAAAUUAUAAUGGUGAGUGUCGGAACAAAUACAGAUGAGAAAAUAUUUAAGAAAUUACAGGCCGAAGCAAAAUUAAUAGAGCUUCAAAAGUCUCCGCCAACAGACACAAAAUCACUGAUCAAUUUCAAAAUAAAGAAAUCUGAUCACGUGCUUAAACAAAAUGUGUUUGAUAACGUGAAACGAGACAAGCGAAGCCCUGUCGAUGAUAAAAAACCAGAGCCGAAGAUUGAUAAAGAGCGAUUCAGAGAUAUUACUGCAACUCUAAAGAGCGUUGAAAAACAAGUUGAAACUAAAAUAUUAAGCAAUUCUCUGUUCGCGAGUAUACAAGACGUGGUAAUGAAGAAAGCGCCAGACGAAGUUAUAGAAAAACCAGAAGAAACCAAAUAUCCUAAACUAAAAUCGCUUCAGAAGAAAGACAGUAAGCCUCGAACAGUUACAAUAGUGCGUGAUUACGAUGCGAAAGCGGAUCACGGCGAGGAUAAAGUAAUUCUUCAUUUAGGCAAAGACAGAAGUAAACCGGAGUCUUCCAGUAUAGUGGUCCAAACCGAAUCGACAGUCAAAUAUGUUGACUUGCCUACCCCGAUUGUUAAAGACAAACCGGUGAGACAGAGGAAUGACAGCGACAUGUCAUUGUCAAGUGAGAGUAGUCCUACAAGAAAACACAAUAAGACUGAAGAUAAAGUUGCACCCAAGCCUAGGGUGGAGAGGGUGGAGAAGCGUUCCUUGUCGAAGGAGAAACGGUCAAGGUCGAAGGAGCGUUACGAACCCAAGUACAGGAGAAGAUCGCGCUCUCUAUCCAGAAGUAGACGAAGAAGGAGGUCGGUCAGUCGCAGCAGGUCGAAAUCUCGCGGCCGUUACAGGCGGUACCGGCGUUCCGAUUCGCCUUACAAGCGACGAAGGCGAUCGAGGUCACCAUACCACAAGCGGAGGUCGCCAUCGGUGAGGAGGGAGAGAAAUCGAACCAGGUCAAGGUCAAGGGCAGAUGCUAGGUCGAAGAGUCCUGUGGUCAAAAAGGUGAAACAAAGUCCUCAGAGUAAUGGAGUAGAGAGGAAAAUCAACAAAUCGAUGACUCCGCCGUUGAGGAAGCCGACGGUUUCCGAAAGUUCUGAUUCUUCCACCAGUUCAUCAUCAUCGUCGUCGUCCUCCUCCACGUCGUCGAGUUCGUCACGCGAGUCGCUGAAGUCCCGCCGCUCCUGCAGCCCCUUCGACCGCGACGAGCCCUACAGGAAGAAGGCUUAUAGGAGUGUCAGCUCUGAAGACAGGGAAAACAACACGCCGGUGGAAGAGAGACGUAUAGUGUUCGUCGGAAGGCUUGAGAAGGACAUCACCAAGUCGACGCUGCGAAGCCAGUUCUCGAAGUUCGGCUCCGUUGUGGAAGUUCGACUGCACAGCAAGGAAGAUGGGUCCCGCUACGGUUUCGUGACGUACCAGCGCGCCCGCGACGCGUGGUCGGCGGUGGAGGCGGCCGCCACCUUCCCGCAGUACGACGUCGGCUUCGGCGGCCGCAGGGCCUUCUGCAGGCAGAGCUAUGCUGAUCUAGACGGCCUAGAGGCUAAAUACACCGAGAGCGCUUUCCACGGACAGAGCGCGGCCCCGGCGCGGCGCCCCGACGACAUGUCCUUCGAACAGAUGCUCCUCGACAUGAAGAAGAAACUGAGUCAGCGCAAGAACGACAAGCAACGCGCCGACGACAAGCCUUGA